AUGGACGUGACGUGGGGCAGCGCUGUCUAUGCUCCAGGAACAUAUCUGAUAGCAGAGGCAUUCGACGUCAGCUUGGAGCUUUCGACUCUCGACGUAUAUCUAAUGCUGUUCGACUUCGGGGUUGAGCCUCUGUCGUGGGCACCACUCAGCGAGGUUUACGGGCGUUUACCAGCAGUGCUGAUGCCAUAUUUUGUGUCCGCAGUCUUCGUUUUCGGUACUGCUAUCGCGAAGGAUAUCCAGACGGUUCUGACAACUCGGUUCUUCGGUGGCUUGUUCGGCAGCGCGCCAAUCCCCAACACGAGCGGUGUGCCCGGAGGUCUACGGCCUUCACAGAGCCGCGGUGUAGCUAUGGUGUGCUAUUCGAUAGCUGUCGUAGGCGGACCGGUACUCGGACCGAUUGUCGGAGCGGUGACCUGCGAGAGCUUUUUUGGAUGGAGGUAG